GAGCUGCCGAACAGAUGUUGCAAUUCCGCAAUUUCCUGAGUGCAUGUAGCGAGCAGUGAGUCCAAGUUCCCCAUCGUGGUCACGGAGUGGAGCUGAGACUCGCAGAGGAGUUCACAGACGGGAGCGUCGAUCCACAUAAUAAGAGCUCGCAAACUCCAGACAGCACCCCCUGCGUCACAACAUUGGGGAUGAUCAUCAGUUACACUGGAACGGCGCAUUCAGGGGACGCCAAUUUGUUUAACGAACCGAUAAUUAUCACUGCUGCUGGUGGUGGCUUAUAUUUCUGUAGCAAUCGAUCAUCAUUUGAGUUCCACGGCUCGCCUCCACGUGUGGAGAAUUGCUACCGAUUAAGAUUACAAGCCAGAGGAAGCGUCGUCUCGUUUUAAUCGGUGACUGAACAGCUGCGAUGGCCGUGGAUUUAACGACCUCUGUGCCAGCAAUCAUCAUCAUCAUCGCCGUGGUGAUUUCAGGAGUCAUUGCUGCUGAUGAUGAUGAGAAGACGAAGACCGUGUGUGAGAAGGAGCUCUCUCAUUGCUCCAAGGAGUAUAACGUGUGCGGGGUUGAGGGGGACGAUCUGCUAGUCAGAUGCCCACUGCCUCCAAACACGGGCCUCCCAGAUUGGAUACUCGUGCAACUAAUACAGCUACCUCCAGCAGCUGCAGAAACCAUAGUUGGCAACUACCACAGCAGUGAUCCAAGUGCCAAAUCAACCAACUUGUCCUUUGAGUUCACCGCUCUUGAAAUGAACUCUGCUAUGUUUGUUGCCCGGAAUGCAAACACAACACAGGGUGGAGACUACCGCUGUGAAGUGUUGAGCAGCAGAAGGAAUAGCGAUAUACAAACACAUUUUCAAGUUAAGCUCUACAAAGCCCUGUCUGUGUCUGUAGAGAGAGAUGUCUCAGCUAAUGAGCGAGGUAACAUCACUCUGUGGUGCAACAUCACGCGACCAGAGCAUGAGGAGCGUGUGUGUGGUGUCACAUGGACACUCCCCUCUACAUCGGUGACCGUGAGCCUCAACAAUGCACAAUUCAAGGACUCACAAGUCUCGAGCGGUGUGCAACAACUGGGCUACGUGAUGUACGAUGGACACUUGGACCUUAGGGAUGGCUCCAGCUAUCUGACACUCUAUAACGUUACACGAGCACACGGUGGAAAUUACUCAUGUGUUAUCAACACCACCGGCUCGAGAGGAACCGCAACUGGACGUCUUUGGAUUACUUCACCCAGCACUACUGGACUUUCAGGCUGCAUCGUGUCUGCUCUGGCCUUGCUCUGUGUUUCUUUGUUCAUCCUUGGUGCCUCCAUCCUGAGUACACUGCGGUUUUUACGGCAGCAGCCGAAUAAAGUGAAGGCCCAGGAUUGUGUCGAGUGAACGGGACAGCAACAAAGAGACACCAAGGAGUAUCGACACUCGGCUGUUAGAGACCACUGACGCAAUUCAAGAAAGAUGAAUCUGACAUCAUAUCACCUUUAGGAAACAUGAUGGCCACGUUCGUUCAAAAAAUUGCCGAGUUAAACUCAGAAUAAAUGCAUUGCAAAUGUUCCCUUCUAUUUUAAUGAAUCAGUCUACGACGGAUGCUGUGCUUAAUCUCCACUGACUUGCAAAACUGCACCGUGUUCGAUCGCCCACCACAUGUCGCUUACAUUGAUUUGAAGGCAGCCUUUGACUCUGAACCAUUCACACUGUAGUCCUCCAACAUUUACCAAACAAUGCAAGAAAAUUUAUACAAUGAUUCAUGGCAGAAAACAAAAGUCUAGAACCUGGGCUCUGGACCUCCAGAAGCACCCUGUAUAAUGAACGGCAAUGCUGCCAAAGCAGUGGAAGAAUGUAUCUACCUAUCAUCCGCACACUGACCGGCAAUGGACAAUGUAAACCUGAUUUCAUGCGCCGGAUCGGACUGGCCUUAAGAAUAAUGAAUGGUCUGAACCGCAUCUUGUCCCAGAAACGUUUAAAUCUGGGCAACAAAUAGAGAGUUUACUAGUACUGUUUUUGUCAGUUUUGUUGUAUGGUGCCGAGCCCUGGACAAUGCUUCAAGCUGAUUGGAUCAGCUGCAGUCAUUCCACAUGCAAUUUCAAAGACACUUUCUUGGCAUCCGAUGGUUCCACUUCGUCAGAAAUGUCACCAUUGUGUCUGCGACCGGUCUUUUAAUGGCCUCAAUCUAUGCUCAUCGCCUGACACAAGCGCCAUGGUGAUGUCACCGCCACUUAGUGGCGAAUGGCGGUUGUUGUUAGUGAUUGAGAUCUUAAUUCGAGGAUGAUGGUUGUCACUUUUUGGACGCUUCGCCCGUCUUGAUGCGCACUCGAGCAAAUUGUGGACUUCAGUUGGUGGUUGACGUUCGAAGUGGACUGCGACCCUCAAAGGAAUGGCAUCGCCCCUGUGAUAAGUGAAUCAAACAAAUCACGCGCGACACUGGUAUUGGCAGCAAGAGCACUUAAUGAAAAUGCCGUCGCAAGAGGUCACACGUUUUGGUGUGAUGGUGCUUCUCUGACUAUGCGUGAUGAAUGCAUGGAUUUAAAUCAUUCCUUCUACGGGAAGUUAAAUGUCCGAGCCUGUCAGAGCUCUAUUGAGGGAUCCUCUGAAGAAAAGACUGAACCCAUAAAUAAAUAACAAAACGCAUAUUGGAUUCAAUUUCAGAAUUAAACAUCUACUUUUGAUACUCUUUAUCAUUAUAUCAUCUCCUCACAGAUGGUUGCCCAGUGACCUUAAUCACUUUUAUCCACUGAAUCUAAAUACUGCGCAAAAAGCCAACUACCAUCUGAACAGUUUGUAGAUUACAACGUUUUACCAGGACAGUCCAUAAUUCAGCUGUUAUUAUUGAAAUGACCUUCGAGUUCUAUGGCAAGUCCAGCAAGGCGUGAUCUCUGUGGCAAUUAUAACCAACAUAGCGCCAAAUGAUCGUAAACUGUCUCAUGCACAUUAUUCACAAAUGGUGCGGGUAGAAAGUAAUACAAAUUGUAAACAUAGAGCAAAAAAAAAUGUAUGAACAUGAUUAAAAUGCUUAGUACGGUUGGCUACAUACGAUUUGAAAGAAGUUCAACAUGCAAAAUGUCCGUAAUAUAAAAAUAAACAGUUGUCACCUGGGUUUUAUAUUCAGUCUAUGAAAUGCUAU